AUGUCGAGUGAAUAUUUGGAUAAAAUUUUUGAAUAUAUUGAAGAAAAUCAGGUAAAAUCUCUUUUUCCCUCUCAAAAAGCACACAUUUCGAAAAAUGGUUUCAGGAUGCUCAAAAUACAUUUCUUGAAGUCUUGAAGCAGGUUAGUUAUGGAGCGGCUGGCGGAGUUGCUGGUGGAAUUUUGGCUGGGCCAAUUGGUGGACUCAUUGGUACAGUCACAGGUGGAAUUAUCGGAUAUAAACAAGCCAAAGAUUAUAAAAAUGCUUUUCAAUUAUACCAAAAUCUUCGCGAAGACCAAGUUCAAUCAUUUACUAGUUUUGUUCAAGAAAAGGUUAAUGGUACAACUUUUAAUGAUUUCAAACAAUGGUGGAAAGCCACCGAUAAUCAGAUUGUUUUCAUGACAGCGUUGGUUGGAUUAUCGAAAGCUCAACAACUUUCAAUUAAAGAAUAA